AAUUUUAUUAUGUAUCUUUCUUAUGUAGGUGCAAAUACAUUUCCCAAUUGUAUUUUCAAAAUUUGGAUCAAGUCAUUACAAUUCACGAUCCUGAAAAGCAUAAAUCCAAUACUCGAUUAGAUUCACGAUUUGACAACCUUGUAUACAAAGGAAGGAGAGUAAAAAUAUCCUCCCUAAAUGAUUAUUUUUUCUACCUUGUUUGCCCAAAGAGACGCGCACAAUUGACCUACUACAUGGUCCAUAGAAAAUUUUCUUCCAAGUAGGGACCCACCUGCCGCCUUGUAAACGUUAAGGAGAAAUUUCUGUUCUAUAAAACAUCAAUAUGAAAGGAUAUUCACGAACAGAACCAAAACACACACACAACAAAAGAAAUAAUCAUGGCGAAGUCGUUAGUUAUUGUGCUCUAUACUGCCCUUGUGUGGUGGUGCAACAUUCCGUCCACUUUCGGCAUGAGUACAAAUGAAACUGAUGGACUUGCUUUAUUAGCCUUCAAGGCUGCCAUAGAUGAUCAAGCCUCCUCCUUUGGUGCCCUCAGUUCUUGGAAUGAUUCAAUCCACCACUGUGACUGGAAUGGCAUUCUGUGCAGCCGCCUGCAUCGCGAUAGAGUUGUGCAGUUGAACUUAACAUCCAAAGGCCUUGUUGGAUCACUCUCUCCUCAUAUAGGAAACCUCUCCUUCCUGAGGAGAAUCAUUCUUCCAAACAACAACUUCCAUGGCCCAAUCCCGGAGGAGAUCGGUCGUUUAUUUCGCCUUCAAUUUAUAGAGCUCAGCAACAACUCGUUUGGCGGUGGACUACCCAACAACCUGUCUCGCUGCUCAAAUCUUGAGUACUUGUACUUGGAUAAUAACCACCUGAGUGGAAACAUCCCAACUCAGCUAGGGUCUUUGCCAAAGCUUCGAGAAUUAUUCCUCUAUGAGAAUAAAAUUUCGGGAACCAUCCUUCCUUCCAUUGGUAACCUCUCUUAUCUUGUCAAGCUUUCUAUUUCCCAAUGUAAUUUGCAUGGAGAGAUUCCAGAGGGCAUUGCUAAGCUUCGGCUUUUGAAAGCUCUCAGCUUCGAAGAUAACAAGCUGUCUGGAAAGAUCCCUUCAGUCAUAUACAACAUCUCCACUCUCACUGUAUUCUCACUACAAAUUAACCGACUUGAAGGAAGUAUUCCUCCUGAUAUAGGAUCAAAACUUCCUAAUCUUAUAUUUCUUGGCUUAUUUCAAAAUUCGUUCACAGGGAUGAUUCCUAAUUCGUUGUCUAAUGCUUCUGGUCUUGAAUUUAUAAACUUCGGUGUCAAUAACUUCAUCGGGCCGAUGCCAAAAGAUCUUGGAAAACUUUUGAAUCUUGGAACGAUAAACUUCCAAUUUAAUAGGUUGCAAGACGACCUUUCUUUUAUCUCAUCUCUAACAAACUGCAACCGAUUACGAUUUCUUUUUGCCAACGACAAUCUUCUCAAAGGUACAUUGCCCAACUCCGUAGCCAAUCUUUCUAUCGAUCUUAGCAUCUUGUCUCUAGGGGGGAAUCAACUACAUGGAAGUAUUCCUUCGGGUAUCGGAAACCUCCUCAAUUAUUUUUCUGGCCAUGUUCCCGACACCAUUGGUAGAGUUCAUAAGUUGCAGCAACUGAUUUUACCCAUUAACAACUUCACAAAACUUCCUUCUUCACUUGGUAAUCUAAGUGCACUGAAUCUUCUCAUCUUGGGGCAAAAUAACAUACGCGGAAGCAUACCUUUGAGUCUGGGCAACUGUCAACAGCUGUUAGCAUUAGAUCUUUCUCAUAAUAAUCUAUAUGGUUCAAUACCUCUCGAAAUCAUGAAUCUUUCAUCGAUUUCGAUUUCUUUCGAUUUGGGCUAUAAUUCAUUGACUGGUUCUCUUCCAUCAGAAGUCGGGUCUUUGAAAAACCUCGCAAACUUUGAUGUGUCCAAUAAUAGGUUAUCAGGGUCUAUUCCAAAUUCCUUGAGUGGAUGUUUGAGCUUGGAAGUGCUUCAUUUGGAAGGAAAUUCACUUGAAGGUGAGAUACCUCAAAGUUUGAGCAAGCUUAGGGGUUUACAAGAGUUGGACCUUUCACGCAACAAUUUAACGGGGUUGUUCCCUAAUUAUUUUGGUGAGCUUGCAUUAGAAAAACUGAAUCUGUCUUUCAAUAUGCUGUAUGGAGAAGUUCCAACACAAGGAGUUUUUCGAAAUGCCAAUGCAAUUUCAAUUGUGGGAAUGGAUAAUCUAUGUGGAGGUGUUGCUGACUUAAAUCUUCCUCCAUGCCCAUUCUCAAUGUCCAAGACAAACAAACUAUCUUACAAGAAGAAGAUAAUACUAUAUGUGGUGGUUGCUCUUGUAAUAUCUUCAACUUUGGCAGUUAGCUUUUUUAUGUUUCAUCGCCGACAACGUGUCUCAAGGAAGGAGGACUCUUCUAAGGCAUCUUUCGAACACCAAAUUCUAAGAGUUUCAUAUGCAGAUCUUUUCAAAGCCACCAAUGGAUUUUCAGAGGCUAAUCUAGUAGGGGUUGGGAAUUAUGCUUAUGUUUAUAAAGGGAUCCUUGAUCAAGACAUGAUGGUUGUGGCAGUGAAAGUACUCAAUCUUCAGCUCAAAGGGGCUUUAAAGAGCUUCAUGUUAGAAUGCAAAGCACUUCAAACCAUAAGGCAUCGAAAUCUUUUGAAGGUAUUAAGUGCAUGUUCUAGCAUAGACUUCCAUGGUAAUGAAUUCAAAGCCAUAGUAUAUGAAUUCAUGGCAAAUGGAACAAUAGAUGGAUGGCUGCAUCAAAAUGGAGCAGAGCACGAGUACCUAAAAGCCAUCCAGAGGCUGGACAUUUCUAUUGAUGUUGCUUCUGCACUUGAAUAUCUUCAUUGUGGUUGUGAGUCAACAAUCAUUCAUGGUGAUCUGAAGCCAAGUAAUGUCCUUUUGGAUGAUACAAUGGUUGCCCACGUCGGAGAUUUCGGGUUAGCAAAAAUUAUUUCUGCAGCCUCAACAAAUGUACCGCAACAUCAAAGCAAUUCAAGUGCAAUAAGGGGAACAAUAGGCUACAUCGCUCCAGAGUAUGGCAUGGGUGACAUGGCUUCGACUAAUAGGGAUGUAUAUAGCUUUGGCAUUCUUCUACUGGAGAUGUUUACUGGCAAAAGACCAACUGAUAGUUUGUUUCAAGAUCAUCUUAAUCUUCAUAACUUCGUUAAGAAUGCUUUGCCAGAACGAGUGAUGGAUAUCGUCGAUCCCUCCAUCCAACUGGAGCACAACAAUGGAAGUUCGAUCAACGAUUGCAUGGUUUCCAUUCUGACAAUUGGAGUUGCAUGUUCAUCUGAAUCGCCAAGAGAUCGCAUGGAGAUGGGAACCGUCGUGAGCAAACUGUGUAAGAUUAAAAAAAAAUACUUGGGUGAACGAAGUGUAGAAACAUUGGAAAGUUGAAUUUGCAACAUCAAAACCAAAGUUGUUCCAAUCAGUCGUGUAGCAAAGAUGAGUUUGAGCAAGUCAACUAAAGCACUUGUGUGCCUUUUUGUCCACUGUUCGCGACUACCAAUGCCUUCCGAUAAUGGUACCUCCGCAAUAUGCUACUCCAACAGCCAGUCGAGAACCUGGUUUCUUAAUUUGAAGUAUAUAUAUGUGUUUAAUAUGUGUAAUAGUUGUUCAUCGGUUCAUGUGGAAAGUUUUCAAUUGCGAUUGCAUGCUUAGGAUGUCUACUUUUGCCCUAUGGAACAACAACCUUAUAGUCUUAAUUCCUCUCUAUUUUGAAAUUGCAUGUCGUUAUAGUUCUUGAUCUUAAUUUCCCUAUU